AUGUAUAAGAACAAACUUAUUGUAUUAGUAGCAACCCUAGUACUAUGCCAAGGGGCAGUAGUACAGCGCCGUUGCAUUGGUUUAGGUUUAUUAGCCGGUGGCCUAGUAGGUGGUGCCGCAGCAAACGGCGCUAUACAUGCCGGUGCCGCGGCAGUACAUGAACUUAGCGCUAAUGGUAGCGCUCACAGUGAUACCAGUGCUACUGGUGUUGCUGGUAUCGGUAGUGCCAUCGGUAGUGGUAUCAGCAGUGGUAUCGGU